AUGGAUGUACAGUGUGAUUACUGCAAGUUGAAAGGUCACCUAAAAGUGGAUUGCUACAAAUUGCAUGGCUAUCCUCCAGAUUACAAAUUUAGAAGAAAACCAAAUGGUCCCAAUUCCAUUCACACACGUGAUGGAGAUAUUAGAAACAAUGGCUACCAAGUGAUGAGAGAUGAAACUAGAGGAAGAGUAUACAAUGUGAAUGAAGAAGCUCCCAAAUUGCCUGGGGGAAUCAGAGAGAAAAUGCCUGAUAAUGAGGCUUACAGAAGAACAGUCGUACCUCAUGAUUCUGAGGGUAACUAUAAUCAGUUAAUGAAGCUGUUGGAGGAUCCUUAUCGAUACAAUCGAUUGAUGCAAUUUCUAGACAAGGAACAUCAAGGGGAAACCUCUUCAGCAAAUAUGGGGAAGUUGUCGAAUGCAGAGUCUCCUAAUAUGGAAGGUAAUAUUCUAGCAUCCAAUGUGAGUAUGAUUAAGGAAUCAGGUAAUGUAUCAGCAUCUUGUGUAGAAGGUAAAAGGGAAGAAUGGAUAAUAGACAGUGGAGCUACGAAUCAUAUGACAUCUAACAAACAGAUGUUACAGGAAGAACAUGCUAUUGUUACUGAUAAACAGGUGUACCUACCUAAUGGUGAGGUGGUAAGUGUAACUCAUACUGGAGAUUGUGAAAUAAUUGAUGGCCACACUAUAAGUAAUGUGCUAUACAUACCUGACUUUAGAUAUAAUCUAUUAUCAGUCUCCAAGAUUACCAAGGAGUUGAGCUGUUCCGUCAAUUUUUUCCCUGAAUUUUGUAUAUUCCAGGACCUCUCAAGUGGGAAGGUGUUGGAGAUUGGUAGAGAGAAGGAAGGCCUUUAUUUGUUGAAGCACAGGAUAAGAAAACCACAAGACAAGCAAUAACUGCUAAGAGGGUUGAUUGCUACAAAGAAUAACAUAGACAUCAUGUUA